AUGACCACCACGCCACAUACCAUUACCACCACCACCCGAAGUACAACUACACAGGACACCUGUGAGAAUGGGGGGACCUGGAUGAAUGGUGGAUGCCAAUACACAUCCAGUUUCCAGGGACCUAAGUGCGAGUAUGUCACAGAAGUCAUCGAGGUCAAAGCCGAGGUGAAUGUAACAGUGGACAUGAAGCUGCAGAUCACCAGCCACAAAUUCACCCCUGAGCUGAAGGACAACACAACUCAAGAAUACAAAAACUUUACCUUGGACUUCAAACAGCAGAUGAAGUUGGUUUACAGCAACGUCCCAGAGUACAAAGACGUGGUGAUCCUGAAACUGACGCAGGGCAGCGUCGUGGUGGAUCACGUUGUCAUCCUGGCUUUACCUGUCACCGAGAAACUCAACAAAACCUUUGAGAAUGUGGCUGGGCAGCUGAAGACGCAGAUAGAGAUGGCGGCUGAGAACCAGAACUGCAAUGGCAGCUCCUGUGAGUCUCUGUGCGCCGAGAUGUGUUUCAACUCCUCCUCCGCUGACGUCUCUAAGGAGACAAUGCCAACGUUCAACGGCACCGCCCCCGAAGGCUACGGGCAGUUCUACUUCCCUAACCUCACCAAGUCCGGCCUCUCCUGCAUCUCCAACUGCACCAAGAGCACGCCUGGCUUCAUUAACUGCAACCACGGGCAGUGCCAGCUGACGCGAGCCGGCCCCCAGUGCAUCUGCUCUGAGAUGGGCUUGUACUGGUACCCCACAGAGCCCUGCGCCACCCGCAUCAGCAAAUUGGGCAUCGGUCUGGGCGUGGGCGUCGCAGUGCUGGUGAUCGUGAGCGCCAUCCUUGGUGUCUUUCUGUUCAGAGCCAAGAGGAUGAAAACCCAGUUCAGCCUGCAUUUGGAGAAGGCCAACACUGAGCAGUGGUUCGAGGACGAAGACCUUGAGUGGAAUGCGGCUGGAAGAUUCUGCUACAGGAACGAAGGAGCCGACUCCUGGAAAGGCUCGCAUGGGACCAGCUCCUUCAAGAUUAACAUGGAAUCCAUGGACACCUCUCUCCCGUGCACUCCCAGCCCUCGAAAGGUGCGCACGGCCUCCCUCUGUUACCGCGUCUAUGGAUUAUGCCCCAGACUCUUCUCCCAAAGGAUGAAGACGCUUUGGGUAUCCCUGCUCCUCGCGCACCUCUCCUCCUCCGUCUCUUCGGCAGCGCUCAGAGGCAGAUGGAGGGCAGAAACCAAAGGGACAAGAGGAGAAAGGACAGGCCUGGGCUGGGAGGCCGGGAUUCCUGCAGAUGAAGGAACAGGUGAUGGACACAGCCUCCCUCUCGACAAGAGGUUCCUGGCUGGGAGCUCCGGGCACCCGGCAAAGGGAGAGGACAGUGUGGGUAACACCAAAGGAGAUGGCACAGACAAUGCCACCGGCAUUCUGGGUGCGGCAGUGAUCUGCCAGAACGGGGGAACUCCCAAUGGAACCGAGUGUAUCUGCCGACGGGGCUGGUCAGGCUCCAGCUGUGAGUGCUUCGACCCCAUGAUGGCCUGCCAGAACGGAGGAACGGCCAUUGGACGCAUCUGCUUCUGUCCCCCGGGCUACAGUGGGGAGCGCUGUGACUGCAGGGACAGCUGCCAGGCCUGCCAGAAUGGGGGAACGCCCUCCACCCCCACCAGCAAGGCCACCACCUCCUCCACCCCCACCCCCACCAGCACGGCCACCACCUCCUCCUCCUCCACCCCCACCAGCACGGCCACCACCUCCCCCACCUCCACCCCCACCAGCACGGCCACCACCUCCUCCUCCUCCACCCCCACCAGCACGGCCACCACCUCCUCCUCCUCCACCCCCACCAGCACGGCCACCACCACCUCCUCCUCCACCCCCACCAGCACGGCCACCACCACCUCCUCCUCCUCCACCCCCACCAGCACGGCCACCACCUCCCUCACCUCCACCCCCACCAGCACGGCCACCACCUCCUCCACCCCCACCCCCACCAGCAUGACCACCACCUCUCUCACCACCACCCCCACCACCACGGCCACCACCACCCACGGCCACCACCUCCCCAACCCCUACCCCCCACCAGCACAGCCACCACCUCUCCCUACCAGCACGACCACCACCUCCGCCACCUCCACCCCCACGAGCACGGCCACAACCUCCUCCACCCCCACCCCCACCAGCACGGCCACCACCUCCCCCACCUCCACCCCCACCAGCAUGACCACCACCUCUCUCACCACCACCCUACCAGCACGGCCACCACCUUCUCCACCUCCACCCCCACGACCACGGCCACCACCUCCUCCUCCUCCACCCCCACCAGCAUGGCCACCACCUCCUCCACCACCACCCCCACCCCCCCCCACGGCCACCACCUCCUCCACCCCCACCCCCACCAGCACGGCCACGACCUCUCUCACCACCAGCCCUACCAGCACGGCCACGACCUCCUCCACUCCCACCCCCCCCCCCCCCCCCCCCCACCACCUCCCCCCCCACCCCCACACCACGGCCACCACCUCCUCCUCCUCCACCCCCACGACCACGGCCACCACCUCCUCCUCCUCCACCCCCACCACCACGGCCACCACCUCCUCCUCCUCCACCCCCACCAGCACGGCCACCACCUCCCUCACCUCCACCCCCACCAGCACGACCACCACCUCUCUCACCACCAGCCCCACCAGCACGGCCACCACCUCCUCCUCCUCCACCCCGACCAGCACGACCACCACCUCCGCCACCUCCACCCCGACCAGCACGACCACCACCUCCGCCACCUCCACCCCCACCAGCACGGCCACCACCUCCGCCACCACCACCUCCACCAGCACGGCCACCACCUCCUCCACCCCCACCCCCACCAGCACCUCCACCACCUCCUCCACCCCCACCCCUACCAGCACCUCCACAACCUCCUCCACCUCCACCCCCACGACCACGGCCACCACCUCCUCCUCCUCCACCCCCACCAGCACGGCCACCACCUCCUCCACCCCCACCCCCACCAGCACGGCCACCACCUCACCCACUCCCACCCCCACCAGCACGGCCACCACCUCUCUCACCACCACCCCUACCAGCACGGCCACCACCUCCUCCUCCUCCACCCCCACCAGCACGGCCACCACCUCCUCCUCCUCCACCCCCACCAGCACGGCCACCACCUCCCUCACCUCCACCUCUCUCACCACCACCCCUACCAGCACUGCCACCACCUCCUCCUCCUCCACCCCAACCAGCACGGCCACCACCUCCUCCACCUCCACCCCCACGACCACAGCCACCACCUCCUCCUCCUCCACCCCCACGAGCAUGGCCACCACCUCCCCCACCGCCACCCCCACCAGCACGGCCACCACCUCCCCGACCCCCACCCCCACCAGCAUGACCACCACCUCUCUCACCACCACCCCUACCAGCACGGCCACCACCUCCUCCUCCUCCACCCCCACCAGCACGGCCACCACCCCCCCCUCCCUCCCUCCACCUUCCACCACCACCCCCACCAGCACUGCCACCACCUCCUCCUCCUCCACCCCAACCAGCACGACCACCACCUCCUCCUCCUCCACCCCCACCAGCACGGCCACCACCUCCUCCUCCUCCACCCCCACCAGCACGGCCACCACCUCCCUCACCUCCACCCCCACCAGCACGACCACCACCUCCCUCACCUCCACCCCCACCAGCACGACCACCACCUCUCUCACCACCACCCCUACCAGCACGGCCACCACCUCCUCCUCCUCCACCCCUACCAGCACGGCCACCACCUCCUCCACCUCCACCCCGACCAGCAUGACCACCAUCUCUCUCACCACCACCCCUACCAGCACGACCACCACCUCCGCCACCUCCACCCCCACCAGCAUGACCACCAUCUCUCUCACCACCAGCCCUACCAGCACUGCCACCACCUCCUCCUCCUCCACAUGA